AUGUGGCCCUCGCCCAAAGCUGCUUAUCUCCUCCUGUUGGCCCGCUCGGCUCUCGUCGGCGCGUCCCCUGUCGAGCUUGAAGAGCGUCAGUCAUGCCCUUCCAUUCACGUCUUCGGUGCUCGUGAGACCACGGUCUCCCCCGGAUUUGGUACCGCUGGCGUCGUUGUCAACCUUAUCCUCCAGGCCUAUCCAGGUGCCACCUCCGAAGCCAUCGUCUACCCAGCCUGUGGUGGCCAGUCCUCUUGCGGCGGCGUCCAGUACGGUGAUUCCGCCAGACAGGGCACCAACGCCGUUGCCACGGCUGUUAACAGUCUCAAUGCUCGCUGCCCCGACACCCAGAUUGUUCUUGUCGGAUAUUCUCAGGUGUUUUGCGUUGCCUUUAUCGCUUUUGUUUCCUGGAAGAAAGCCUCUAACCUAUGUGCUAAACAGGGUGGUCAAAUUAUGGACAAUGCCGUCUGCGGUGGACCUGACAGCGGUGCUGGUAUCACCACCAGCACCCCUGGCAUCAACGCCAGCGCCCUUAACCAGGUCAAGGCCGUCAUCAUGAUGGGUAACCCCCGUUACCGCGCUGGUCUCUCCUACAAUGUGGGAACCUGUACUGCUUAUGGCUUCGACCCCCGCCCUGCCGGCUACACCUGUGCCUCCGCCUCCAAGCUCCAGAACUACUGUGACUCGCCCGACCCGUACUGCUGCACGGGUAACGACGCAGCCACCCACCAAGGCUACGGCUCCAAGUACGGCCAGCAGGCCCUUGCUUUCGUCAAGUCCAAGCUCAGCAGCAGCGGCGGCGGCGGAAGUACUCCUACCAACCCUAGCAACCCUUCUACCCCUACAACCCCUAGCACAGGAAACUGCGCGGCCAAAUGGGGCCAGUGCGGUGGACAGGGCUGGACGGGCGCCACCUGCUGCCAGUCUGGGUCGACUUGCCAGGCUGCUAACCAGUGGUACUCCCAGUGCAUCUAA